AACAGGAGGUGGAAAGCAAUGCAUGGCAGCAGCUAAGUGACCAAUCAGAACACGAUACGCGACAUAUUUAUAGAACAAUAUAUCUUAUUCAUCUUUCUGUGUCAUUGUAGAGAAGAUUUGAUUCACAAAGAUAUUGAAAAUGCCGUCUCGCAUAUGCAGUCAGUUAUCGAACUUGGCAGAGUGGUUAGGGACAGAAAAACGUUACCUAUCAAGGUAUGAGAUAUCUUCACGUGAAUACGAUAUGUCUUAUGGGAGGUUUUGAUGGAUAUGAGUCACUUGGUUUCGUUCGUGUUUACAUGAACGUGUUCAAGACCAGGCUGAAUACUUUGUAAUAUAAAUAUACUUUCUAGCGAACCAAAAAUCACAAUUUCGAGUGCUAGUUUCACAGUUAUAACCCCCAGAGACAAUCACAGAAACCUUAUAAGAAAUUUAUAGACAAAAUGUCAACAUGUUGGCCUAUAUAGGGCAUCAACACUCAGACCAGUACCCACCCCUAUUCAUGGAAGUACCCACCCCUAUUCUCUGGGAUACCAGGCAAUGCGAGACCUCAGUUCCCAUGUAUAAACACAAGAUGCAAUUUAAAAUGAAAUCAUAACAAACAAAUGAUCUAUGCAAAAUGGACCCCGAUUUUCUUGAGCAUUCUGUCAUGUUUUUUGGUAUGUUUAAGCGAUAACGUAGCAUUGACAUUCCUUGUGCCCCAUGACAUUUCACGCAUUUCUCGCGAUACGCAGGUUUUUUUUGCUGCGCUACAUGCGUUUGGAGGGAGGGAACAAGUGAAUGUGAAUAGCCGAGGGAAUAGGAUGGUGAAGAAAGGCUGUUGCUGAGGACCCAGACAAAACAACUGACCCCGAUUUUCGAUGAAAAGUUUGCGAGCAUUUGUGAACUCAUUGCCCAUGGCCGCAUUCACCAACCAUAAUGGCCAAAGCGGCUUUAUUCAAACGCGAAUCGGCAUCCAUCAAAGUACAUCCAUUCUACUAUUUCUUAGUUUCAUAUCCACAGACCAUAAUAUAAGCUGCACUUACUGUUACAAUAUUGGCCGCCACACAGCGAAAAAGCAUGUCUGUAAAUUGAACUACCGUAUAGUUGCAUUACAUCUGUGCACUUAACUAACGAUAAUUUUUUAUUGUUUCAGUAUCCGCUUCCAGAAGUAGUUGUUAUACAUCAAGAUAAUCAAUAUUUACAAGAUGCGAAAUCUUUGGAAAGUUACAUCAUAGAGGUUAGUUAUUUUUCCCACCAUAACGCCUGCAUGCUCGCAUCCUGUCCUGCUUCAUUACGAGGAGAACGUUUCGUUGCUGUCAUGCUUUUACAGACAUAUUUGCCUUCAUUUCUCUCUGAACUGGAAAACUAUUUUAGUUUUCUUUACUUUCAUACUCCAUAUUUCUACCAGGAGUUUAACAGUAUAUUUGUUGAGCUAUAUUGAUUUCUUGAAAGCUUUGUAGUAAUAAAUUUACGAAUUUAAUUUAAUUUAUUUUUUAUUUAUUUUUUAUUUAAUAAUUUUUCUUUUCUUUGAAAGCUUUGCUGUAAUGAAUUUACGUGGUGUUUCCACAAACAAAACUAUUAUAUUUUAUCACCAUGCAAACAUACAAAGAACUUAUAUUGAUUUCCUACAUCUUUUUCAGGAAUUGAACGUUAAAAAACUGACUGUAUCUUCAGAGAAAGAUAAAUAUGGAAUCUAUCUCAAAGCUGAACCAGAUAAUCAAACUCUGGGACGGAGAUUGAAGGGAGCUUUUAAACAAGUCUCCCAAGCUAUUAAAGGUCAGUUCCGCAUAGUCGGAUUUCCCGAGAGUUCAAGGCCUGCAGAAAUGCAGUAA